AUGGGCGACACGGCUCCCCCCCAGGCCGCGGGGCUGGGGGCCGGGCUGCUGGGGGGGGGCCCGGCGGCGCCCCGGGUGCACAGCGCCAUCGUGGAGCGGCUGCGGGCCCGCAUCGCCGUCUGCCGCCAGCACCACCUCAGCUGCGAGGGGCGCUACGAGCGGGGCCGCGCCGAGAGCUCCGACCGCGAGCGGGAGAGCACCUUGCAGCUCCUCCACCUCGUGCAGCAGGGACAGGGCGCCCGCAAGGCCGGCAAGCACCCCAAGGCGGCCGCCGCCCCCGCCGCCGCCGCUGCCGCCGGCGCGGCGCCCCCGGACUACCACCAGCACCUCCUCGGCAACGGCGGCAUCAACGGGGAGCAGCCAGCGGGGGAGCAGCGCGCCUCGGCGCUCCUGGCGCUUCAAGGCUCCUUGAAGAGAAAGUUGGUGGUAAAUCUGUCACCUGUCAACAAAAGGUCCAAUGGUGUUUCAGAGAACUCUUUCCUUGACAUUAAGAGGAUAAGAGUGGGUGACAAUAUCCCAGUGGGACAAGGUGGACAACAUGUUAACAAUUGCCAAAGCCAGUCAAUGUCAGGAACUAUGACUGUGGGGCAAGGAUCACAAAGAAAGGCCAGCAGCCUUGCAAACAAUACCCAUGCCAGUGGGAAUGACAUGUUUAAUAUGACUUUGAAAGAGGUAAAGAAAGAACCAGGAGAAACAAUGUCCUGCAGCAAACACUUAGAUGGCCAGACAUCCCAUGAGAACAUGUUCCCUAACAGAUAUGGGGAAGACUCAUGGGACCAAAUGAUGGAUCUUGAGCUUCAGGAACUGUUUAAUGAACUGACUAACAUAUCGGUGCCACCAAUGAGUGAUGUUGAGCUAGAGAAUAUGAUAAAUGCCACGAUAAAACAAGAUGAGCCAUUCAACAUUGACCUUGGGCAGCAGAGCCAGAGGGGCCCUGUGAGAUCGCUGCAGAUGGAUAAGAUGGUGAUAAAAAGUGAGUAUGCAGCAGGCAUGAAUCAGGCUCCUGUGGGCUCCCCACAGAUGAGGCCUUCUUCUACAGGUCCAGCCUUCACGAUGGCUCCCACUGCCAUGUCUGCCUCUUCACCCGUCCCGUCGGUGCCUCAAACACAGGUGUCACAGGUUUCUUCUGCAUCCACUCGGCCAUUGCCUAAUUGGCAAGGUGAGGUGUCUCAUGCACAGCAGCUCAAACAGAUCGCAGCCAACCGGCAGCAGCAUGCCUUGAUUCAGCAGCAACAGCAGCAGCAGAACCAGACAGCCAACUGGUCCACUCUGUCUCCAUCAGGACCUUCCCCUGGACCCUUUGUGCAAGAGAAAAUCCCCAGUCCCUCUUUUCGCCAGCAGCAGUUCAGCCCACAAAGCUCAGCCAUGCUUGGGGUGCCAGUGAAUGGAAACCAGACAAAAGGGAUGAACAACUAUGUUUAUAAACCAACCACUCCCCAGAGCAAUCCCAUGGACAUAAUCAUGCAACAGAAGCCUCAGGACCUCAACAGAAACUUUAUCAGCAGUGCGCAGCCACCUCUAGAGCAGCAUCAUGGCAACACAAAGCCUUUGUUUCACUUUAACUCAGAGCAAACAAACCAGCAGAUGCCUUCGGUUUUGGGUUCCCAAAACAAGCCUGCCCUUCUGCACUACACCCAGCAGGCACAGGGUUCAGCUCCUGUGCAGCAGCCGCAGCAACAGCAGCAACAACAGCCACAGCCACAAACUGCUCAGCCUCUCCCAAACCAGUCUCUCCAGAGGCCCCCUAAUGUAACCCUAGCAAUGCAGCAAAAAAUGAUGCUUCAGAAAAUGCAGCAAAGCCAGCAAAUCUCAGGUUUGCAGUAUCCAGUCUCUCAGCAGCACAGACAGGAACAACACUCUGUGGUAGGCCAGGGAGCUGGCCCCACUCCAAGCUCCAGCUCUUGCUCAAAUCCAAACACUGGAAGUGGUUACAUGAACUCAUCCCAGCAAUCAUUGUUGAAUCAGCAGCUGAUGGAAAAGAAACAGGCUCUGCAACGGCAAAUGAUGGAGCAAAAACAACUCCUUCUACAGCAGCAGAUGUUGGCAGAAGCUGAGAAAAUAACUCCACAAGACCAGCUGAACAGACACUUGACAAGACCACCACCAGAUUAUAAAGACCAAAGAAGGAAUGUGGUCAACAUGCAACAAGCAAACCAGUAUCCUGGUAGUUCACCAGCUGUGAGCAUGAGCUCCAACAACAUGUCCUUAUCCAACCCAAUUUCAACUCACAGCAUCAUGCCCCAGAGCUCCAGCCUCAUGUCCACCCCUGCUGGAACCCGAAUGCCUUCUGUUCCUGCUGCUCGGAGUUUGGGCUGCUACGGGAACCUUCCUUGCAACCAACCAAGCACGUACAAUGUGACUUCAGGAAUGAACCAAAUGCAGCCACACAGAAACCAAAAUCAAGUUCUGCCCAGUCAGAAUAACCCCAUGGUGUCCCGACAGCAAACCUUGACCCAGGGGAACAAUGGGGCAGCUUUUGGGACGGGGUCAGUGGUCAGCUCUCAGCAAAUAAGGCCAGGCUUGACCCAUGGAGCGACGGCUAUCCCUGCUCAACGGCCGGCCAAUGUGAUGAUCACAGCCACUGCCAAUGCCCAGAACUGGGCCCCGCAAGAGGCUGCAGUGAAGCAGCAGGAUGCACUGAAGCCUGCAGGGGUGCGUUUCCCCACGGGCACUCCAUAUCCUAACCAGUCUUUGCAGCGCAGCGUAGGCAACCAGCAUUUUCCUCAGCGUGCAUUGGCACCUCCUAACCAGUUACCGGCGGGAGUCCAAAUGAGGCCCCCUCUGAACCAAAUGCACCAGACUCUAAAUGGACAAUCUACUGGCUCGCUAAGAGGGCUCAGCAUAAGACCCAAUCAGCUGAGAGGACAGACUGUGCCUGCCUUGAAUCAGCCAGGAACAAGUAUGACACCGCCGUCAUCUCUGCCAUCAACCGGUUUCACAAGCACCAACCAAACCUCCCGGGCUUACCAAGGAAGUGAGCAUGGCAGUGACCUAGCGUUUGACUUUCUGAACCAGCAAGGGGACACUAUAGGACCUGCGCUCAACAGUGACUCGGAUUUUAUAGAUUCUUUACUGAAAACAGAACCUGGUAAUGAUGACUGGAUGAAAGACAUCAACCUCGAUGAAAUUUUAGGGAACCACUCAUAAGUGACAGUACCAAGAGGGAACCAGAUGAAGAGGCAGCAAGGACAUUAGCUUUCUCUUUAGAUGCCAACAACCUGCUUCAUUAAUUUACACUCCAGUAACUGGGCUGUCCUUUAAAAUACAACAUAGAGCAAUUGCCCUGUUUGAAGACUAGCUCUAGGAACAAAACUGAAGUGACAGUCUAAGUGAUAUUCCUGCCUGCCACAAAGAAGUGAAAACACGUGGAGGGUCUGUUCCCCAGACCUGUGCCCAGCCCAUUGCAAACUCAUUGGUUCUUCUCAGAGGGCUCCAGGAAAAAAACACAUGCAGCUUCCCACACAUGGAAGCACCAGUCAGUGGUAUAGGCUGUGCAACAUCAUUUCUCUGAGUGCAAGUAAGACCCCAAGUGGUCCACAGCUCUUCAGUCAUCUUGUUCACAGCCAUUUACUUCCUUGGGACUGCUUAGCCCUGACAGCAUCAAGCCCUGUGUAAAUCUCAUGGCAUUACAAAAACUGUUUACUUCUGCACAGUACAAACCUACAUUUGCUUUCCCAAUGAUUUUGUUAUAAACCUUUUGUAGCACACAGCAGGGUAAGUGGUCUCAUCCAAGGGAGGAAGGACACAGAUCAUCCAGCGUGCUAUUCGGUGUGCUCUAGCAUUUGUGUUCUCCCUUUCAUCAGUGUUUGCAGUGAGUAUUAGAGGAUGCUGCUGUUCUGCCAGCAGCACAGUCAUUCUGGGCACUGAGGGAAACAUGAGGGAACUACUUCCAAAGCUCAGGAUCCUCACUUUGCCACCUUGCCCUUCCCCAGGGACUCCAGUGACUUAAUAGAAACUUGAGUGAGAAGGGUGCUCAUGAUUUGUCCCUGACUACUCUCCCAGUCCAGCUUAGAGGAGGCCAGAUACCUAAAGUGGCUCAGCUAAGCCACUGUCCUUGUUUUUCAUCUCAAAUCAUGGCGAAUAUCCGUCAGGUAGUUCAGCCUGAUCUUCUUCUCUCAAACAGGUUUAGCCCAGGUGAAAUGCCAUCAUCUACCUGCCUGGGGGGAAGCUGCCAUUUUGAUUGCACAGCAUUUUGGUUCCAUCCUGUUUUCUCCUUCGCCAUAUGAGGGGGAGUUGAAAGAGUCCUGCUGAUGGCCCAGGUCCCCAGCCUUUGUCUGGAGUACAGGAGGCUCUGCCCCUGAAACUAGCAUGCACAUCAAUUAUAACUCACAGCAGGAGCCUCCAUCAGCCAUAUCUGUGCUUGUACAUGAAACAGUUCUGGGGAUUAUUUCUGGGCACUGGACUCAAUCAUCUGUUCUGGUUUUGGGGAUGGACCAGCUAAUUUUGUCCUGAGCAGUUUCGUGCAUAGAAAGAAGAUAUACUGGGGCAAGGACCAUUCCCAUGAGCAGUUUGCAGUCACCUUCCUUGAAGGCUAACAGAGCACAGCAGUAAGGAUACAGGCUGUCCUACACCUGCCAGGGAAUAGUCUUGACAAUAUUAAAUUCUUUGCUAUAGGCUUGGUCAGUAAUGGCAUCAGAAGGAUAUGCUAUGUCACUAUAAAGCCACUGCACAGUGAUUCAGGCAGGAUUCAUAGAUAGGAACAGAUCUUGCAAUUCAAAUGAAAGUGCUGUUCUUUCAAAUGAUGGGGUGCAAUGUGUUUCACAGCCUCCUCCGAAUUAGCUACAACUAGAUGUGGCAAAGGAAUACAAUGCCUACGUUCCCAUGCCUUGGUGCCAAGAGGCAUUGCUCAGCGCGUGCAAGUGCUUUAUUCAUCCUUGUUAGUGGCAGUGGGGUGAGUAGACUAUUUGACAAUAGCCUCUGCACUUAUCUGACCUACUUCUUGUGAGAGGUUUUAAUCAGGCUUUUCCAGUUAUUUCACCCUGUCAUUUCAAAUGGGCACAAUUUUUCAGGAUGUUUCAAGAAGCAUCGUCACACAAAUGAGCACCAGCACCUCCACAAAAGGUGUAACAUGGGCAUUGAGUUAGAUAUGCCAGUAGAGGCUGUUCAUUCCCAGAGAAAUAAGAGGGACAAGAAAGCCUGCUGAAGAGUCCCUUCUGCCAGCCCAGCCAGUGAUCACUGCACAGCUCUGCCUUGUGUAACAUUGUGGUGACUCAGCUGCCCAGAAAGCUCCCUCUUCUCCCCAGGUUUGGUCGAGGUGCAUGUGUGAUAUGUCAGUACCAGUUUUUCCAAACCUUUGAAAAGCUUUUGAGCUCAGGCCACUGGGGUCCCACCUAAGCUUGGAGAGAUACAGAUCCAAUACAACAAAUGUGUCCCGUGUAAAUCGUGCAAAACUAGACUGAAGCAGCAGCUGCACAAGUUUGAAGUGAAAGGAAGAUUGGCUUCUCUG